UAGAAUGCCACCUCAAACAAAAACAGGAUGUCUAAACGUCUCAAUCAGGAAUUCAGUUUAAGUUCUUAAUUCAGGGAAAAUCUAAUUCACACAGACUAGUUUUCUUAUUGAAUGUUAAGACCUGCAUUAGCAUUCCCAAUCAAAGAACUAUUUGAGCACUACUUAAGAACUGAUAUUUGCUGAUCAACCAGUAUAGAAAUGGAUGCAAAACUACUUGAUUAGGAUUCCCAAUUAAAAAACUAUUUGAGCAUGCACGAAUGACGAUAACAAGCAAUAAUUGAGUAAACUGCCGCGCCAUUCAUUGCUGUCAGUAGCUUAAGACACGAGAACGUGUUAGGCCUAGUUAGGAGCACCUAAUGCACCCUUAGGUUGCAAAGGAUCACAUGAGGUAGUUAAUAGCCCUAGUGGAAACAUGCCAGCGAUCCUCACCAGACAAACACAUCGUGUCGCGUUGGAGCUCAAAGGUGAAGUCAACUGUUUCCCCACCACCAAUAAGCAACAGCUAGCUCUUUCUCUCACCAGCUCACCAAUCUCAUGAUCUGGAUCUGGAUCUGACAUCAAACUGCACGCUCGUGCAGAUGAGUUUGCUGCCCAGAGUGGAGACAUGACAAGGUGCUCAUAAGCUCAACCAGAGGCGAAUAGUUGGAGAUGCUACUUACACUGAUCAGACAUACAAAAGAAAAAUAAGCUUGUCGUGGAGAUGGGUGGCAGCGGCAUAGCACCCCAUCAGCGACGAGAUUCUUGUUGUCUACAAGGUCAGCUUGUGCUUAUAUAGAGAGGCAAACAGCACCGGUUAACCACCAUUGCAGCAAAAUUUCUUUUCUCUGAAUAUCUCUUCCAUUUCCAGAUACAUAGAAAGCACACCACACCAUCACCCAUUCCAGCCAUUUGCUAGCCAGCAAAACUUCUUUUCUCUGAAGGCGAACAUCUCUUCACCUUUGGCUACCAUUGAAACAAUGUUCGAUGACUUCAGGAGGUGUGUACUUGUGUACAAUAGCAUCAAGGAGAUCAUAUGCAGCCAAAUUAUCUUUGGCAGAGCAACAAAGGUAAGCUGUGGAGCUCGAGCUCGAGCACUUUCUUGCACUGAUCGACAUCUGCAAUGCCAUCCUAGAGAGCUUUUCUAAGCUCAAGACAGGUACUUGGGAAAUUACAUUGGCUCUCAGGCCAAGAUACAGUCCUUCAUUCAUCUGACCAAGAUGGCACAAAAACAGUGGAAGAAGAUCAAUGGAAAUCCCCUUCAGCUGAGAAGGAGGCUGGUCAAACUGUUGGCCGGAGCAAGAGAGGUCGUUACUUCGAUGCUUCAGUCAUCCACGCGGCUCCUACUGAAGCAAAUUGUGAUGCCGAGUUAUAACAAGUGGUAUCUUGUCUCCAAGUUCCACAAGAAAAGACUUCCAUGCAACAAGAAGCAAUUACUGAAACUGGAGUUUCGUUGUUCUUGAGGGCAGUGCUUAGACUUUGUUGAGGAGAUUGAUCCAGAGCAGAGUUUCUUUUCUGAAUGCUCUAAGCUUGUACAUGGAUGAUAAAUUGCCUACGGUUCACUGUGAUAGGCACCCACCUUUUAGAGGAUCAGUUUACUGUUUAUGCUGCUGUGAAGAUAGCUUGGACAAUGUCUUCAAGAAAGAACAACUUUGGAGCAUUUAACUCAGACGGAUCUUCAGAAUAUACAAAUAGUAUUACUCAGAAAUGCUCAUCGUUGCUGACCAUCAUACAAGCUAACAGCAUACUGUUUCAAAUCAAAAUUUGAAAUGCGUCACUACAAGAUGGCCAUGUUAUUCAGAUGCUACUUGUUAUCACAACAACAGCCAAAGGAUCAUUGUGCAGUGAUUUUGCUAUCCAUGGCUAAAGCAAGCCAGCUCCAACACUCCAAGUUGGCCACGCAGGUAGCAUGAGCUGUGCAGCAUAUAAUACCUACAUAAUAAAUUUAAAACAGCACAAUACCUAGAUAACACGUAUGCAACUAAAAUAAACAUUUUUUAGCACGCAAUUAUGUCAAGAUCCACCAAUAGAGCCAACCAUCCGGUUGAUUCUUGUCGCCAAUUAAAGGAACAUGACAAUGUGAUAUCUCAUUGGAAGAAUAGCUACUGCACUAAAGAAUUUGAACUACACAUGGGCGAAGAUUCCAAAUGUUGCACCAGAUCUCACAAACUUGAUAUACAAAACUGUGGAGAUGAGUUGGCAUGAUUCCUUGUGUCUACCAUUCAAAUGGUGUUGUAUCAUACAGUUCCUCUGUAUAAAUAGGCCUCAGAAGAAGGCUAAACACAUCAAACCGAAAGGCGCUCGCUCAUUCUCAUACCUUCAAACCUCAAGUACUCAACACAGAGGAAAGAGUCUUAGCAACAGAUAUGGCUUGCCAUCUUAGAUCAGUUAGUUUGCCUUCUAGGCCUCACACCAAGGUCGAAGAGGAGCUGCACAGCCUAGAGGCAAGCAUCUCUUCACCCUCCAUGACCAUCGGGACAAUCUCUGAUGGUUUGAGGAGGCUUGGAGAUAUCUACAGCACCAUUGAAGAGAUCCUGUGCCUUCCUAGCAACCAAAUUUGCUCUUCCCAGCAAAGGAAGAUGUUGGAAGGUGAAACCGAGAGCUCCCUUGAGCUACUAGAUCUCUGCAAUGCCAUGCAUGAGGACUUCACCGAGUUGAAGGCCAUUAUCCAAGAUCUGCAAGUGGCGAGCAGAAAAGGAGAUGACACCGCUGCUCAAGUCAAGAUCCAGUCUUACACCCGCCUAGUGAAGAAGGCGAAGAAACAUUUCAAGAAGGCCACGAAGAAGGUUACAUCUGACAAGGAGGACUGCAGGAUGGUCAGGCUGUUGAGCGAGGCUAGGGAGAUCACUACCUCUCUCCUCGAGUCAACAGUACACCUCUUGUCCAAGCAAAUCGCAGUGCCAAAAUGGUCUCUCGUCUCCAAGGCAUUCCAGAAGAAGAACUCGGUUGUUUGCAAGGAGGAGCAGUUGCAGGUCCUAGAGUGCAGUGUCGGGGAUCUUGAGGCUGGAUCAGGAAUUCUGUUCCGGAGAUUGCUCCAGAGCAGAGUUACUCUCCUAAACAUUCUUAGCUCAUAGAUACUCUUCAACAUGUGCUACUCUUGCACCGUGCGAUUGGCUUCCACCUUUUAAAGGAUUGCUGAUCUUUCUCAGUGUGUGUAUAUAUGUAGAAAUGUACAGAAUACUCCAUACAGAAAGGAAACAAAAGUUUUGAUCGAACUCAUACUGUGAUUUCAACCCUCGCAUGCUUCUGAGAUCCAUGGUGAUAUUAUGCAAUGAUGUUAUUAUUGCCUCUGUUUUGUAUGAUGCAUACACGGUUCAAGAUGUAGAAUGUGCACAUGAAAUAAGUUACACAUGAGCCAUGGUAGUUUCUCCCUUUUCUUAACUUUAAGCAGUUACAUGGGAGUUUCUUCCUUCUCUUAAUUCUAUGCAUUCUUUUUCUCUGGAAAGAAAUAAUUAGAGACUAGCAGCCAACUUUUAAGGCUCAGCCAUGUAAAUUUUACACUGGCUAAUAAAUGCAUUUACUUGUGUAUUCAACAUCAAACCUUCUUUAAGCUCAAAAUUAGUAUAUGAUCCUUAUUUGGUGGAACUACUCUUGUAACGCCCCGAGACCGACGCUCCAGACGCCUUCCAUGAU